CGGACGUCGACGUUUAGGAUCGUGGUCGGAAAUAAGCUUAUUCGCCUUCGAUCCCAUGUGAUCUGGAGUCAAUAUCAGUUAUAGAAGCGCGAACUUCCUUGAGUGGACAAAUAGAAAUAUUCAGAUAUCACCAGCAACAAGUCGGAGACGAAGGAGCUUGUUGUCAAUACUGCAAAGCUCAAUGCUGCGGGCGUAUGUUUUGAUGUAAAAAAGAUAACCUUCGCAGCGAAACAGACAGAGACACAAACAGAGAAUGCAGCCAGGUUAUUUUGCACAGGCACCGGUUGCCGGCGGAGCUGCCGGCGCUGCGAUGUAUGCUGUGCCGCCUCCGAUGCAGCAGGCGGGACCACAAAGGAUUUCCGCGGGUGGUCAGCCCCUGCAGCCCGUUUUCGUUGACCCAGCGACGGGUCAGGUGACCACAGCGCUGCCGGCGCUCCCACUGGGUGUGGCUACUACGGUGGAUCCGACGACGGGUAGACCGACCUUGCCGCCAAGUGCGGGGCAACUUCCCACAAGCGCACAGCAACUGCCUGCCGGGGGUGGUUUAUUUCUCCCUUCGCAGCAGCCUGCCACAGGAUCCUCGUCCAUACUAGGUCAAGACGCGCGCGCCCAGAUGCUGAACCCCUCUUUGUACGAAAACCAACAGUUUCUACAGUCGUCAAGGCAAGUUAGCUUCGCCGCAACGGAAUUGGCGUUCUACCAAAAUCUGCACACUAUGGCAGACGGCGCCGACCCGGUUACCGGGGAGAUUCAGGUACUAGACAACAGGAGAACGACGUGCUCUUGGUUGCAACAUACUAAAUUCAUACAUCUCGUCUUUGACCCUACUGACCACCCGAUAGUACCGCUUCCGAUUGAUUCAAAUGUGACGAAAACUCGUCUGGACAGUUGAAAAUACAAUUUUCAGGGCCCGGAGGCCGCAGCGUUUCUGGCAAAAAGUGGUCUGCCGAAGACGAUGCUGCACCAAAUAUGGCAGUUGGCAGACGUGAAUGAAACAGGAAAACUGAACGUGGAAGAGUUUUACAUCGCGUUGCGUCUCGUCGCGCACGCACAAAACACUGGGCUUGUGCAUCCGGAGCUGAUUCAUACGGUAUUGUUUUUGCGCUUGUUUGUCUGUCUUUGGUUAGCGGACAAAGUUUUUCCCCGUCGCCCGAAUGUUGAAUACUUAUCCUAGCAAGUUGCUUUAUGUUAGAAGCUACAAAGGAAAAAAUACGUCAAAUCAUCCAGGAACCGAUGACACUGCCAAGUUUUGACACAAUGUCCCAGAGACGCCAGUUAUCGGAGCCAUCAGGUACAAAGGAGACAACGACUCACAGUUGUUCGAUGCGACCGCAAUGAGAUCAAUAAUGCAUGAAAAUGAUGAACCGCCAAAAACGAUAAAAAUAAAAUUACUCCACAGAGGGCGGCAAUACGCCGUCCGUGAUCGGGGGAGCGGAGCAGGAACUGCAGGUGCUCGGCACGGCCGUGGAUCCUCUGAAGGUGAUCGAGUCUACGGCACGACAGCAGGAGAAGAUGGACUACCUGGCGAAGGCCCAGCAAUCCAUGUCGUUCAACGUCACGGAGCAGAUUCUGUACCAAAAAAUCUUCGAAACCCUGGAGCCGGAAGACGGCGAGAUACAAGGGACGAAGAAGGUGUCCGAGUUCCUGGAAUCCUCCGGUCUGCCGCGAACGAUCUUGCACGAACUGUGGGCCAUCGCCGACGAGGAGAGCACAGGCAAUUUGAAUCGCGUCCAAUUCUUCAUCCUUCUGCGCCUCAUCGCGCACGCGCAGGCGGCGGAUAAUGCCAUGGUAAGUCAUGGCUUUUCGAUACGCUUUUUUUUGCUUAUCCAUGCAGUUUUUCGAAACUACAAGUAUUAUGACAAUGAGCACGUGAAAAACAAAUCUGAUUUGGAAACUCCAGCCUUCCCCCGGCCUGCAGUUUGUCGAGCCCCCGUCUCUGCCCCUGUUUGAUCCCAACUUUGUGCUAGCCGGUGGCACCACGGUUGCGGACGCCGCCGCGGCGCCGGCGGCGGCAGUCGCCUCGCAGCCAGGGGCGUUUGUCUGUGAACCUCUAAGCAGGAAGGAAAGGAAGAAAUACGCCGCAAUUUUUCUGAAAACCGACAGCAACGGCGACGGCCUCGUCGAGGGCGAGGAAGCAAAGCAGCUCAUGCAGCGCUCGAAGUUGCCAAACGAAUUUCUCGCUAUCACCUGGCAACUCGCAGACCGAGACAAUGAUGGAAAGUACAUUCCAAAUAUUUUCCGCUUUACUUUUUGGAAAUCAGGUAGCCGUCAGGCCGGCAUGAUAGAUCCAUUGUGCGUCGGAUUUUCGAUUUUUCCGAAAGGUUUUUGAAGAUAGAUCAUACAAAAAAAAAUUAAAAACGCCCCUAUCAGGCUGAAUUUCGGCGAGUUUUUGGUCGCGAUGCACCUGAUAACGCGGUGCAAGAAGGGGGACUUCCGCGCAGACGAGAUAGCGAACCUGCCAACGCUCGACAACGUGCUCCCGGGGCACGUGGAGGCGCUGCUGAGUGACACCACCGCGGGCGCGGAAGCUGACAUCACACCGAGCUCCAUCGCGGUAAACCAAAUGUCCGAGGCGGCCGCGCAGAUGACCGCUGCGUCCUCACCCACCGCGACGCCACAGCUCGAGUCGCUAAUUGCGCGCAGCCCGGAGAUCUCCUACCUGCAAGCCGUAAACAGCGCCGCCAUGGCGAAACCGCCGCCCGCACCAGGUACAACCACUGCCAACUUCAUAUCCAACGGGAACGGCGGAGGGGACCACCAUGCCGCGAACAACACAAAAGCAGUGUCGUCCACCGCGCCCGUUGUUGGAGCAAGCGCGGUAGGUUCGGCUCCGUCAGCGCCCAGCGCAUGGAGCAGUAGUUCUUUUCAAUACCAAACAGCGGCAAUCGCGCCGCCACUAGCGCCGUCGAGACUGCUCGCCGCUGCGCUUGGCGUGUCGGCGGAUCCGAGCUCCGGGAGUACCGCGCCACCGGCAGCGGCCGUCAUCCCGGGCACCGGUCCUGCGGCCAGCAGUACCUCGGUGCAGCCGCAUCUGCCACGGUUCGGAACCGACGUGACAAUAGAAGAACCCAAGCCGAAUACAAUCUCCGCAACCUACCUCGAAGACAUUGCCGAGGCGGACAAACGGUUGGCAAGGCGCACGCAGCAAGAGGUCGACAGUCUGGAGGAAGCCCUGAAAACGCUAAAUGACAAGUUCGAAGAGAUGGAGCGGGAGGUGCGGGGGGCGCAGCGUGAGCAGGAGCGCCGGGUCGAGCAGGUUACGGAAAGGGAAAAGCAAAGGGACUACCUGCUUCAGAGACUGAAAACGUUGACCGAGGAACGACGGGCGGCAACGGUGGCAACGUUCUCGGCGACAAGUAGUGGGAGCAAGGUACUAGAGUUUGUUCUUCUUCUUCAGCAGGGAAAAUUUUUUUUUUCCUGUGCGAAGUGAUUCUGUUUCUGUGGGAUAGACCAUGGUCAUAAAAUACACGACGCCCUGCAUUUUUUUUUUCCACUUCGACAUCAUGAUGAUGAUCAUCUUCAAAAUAAUUCUCACAGACCUACUUCGCGGAAGAGAUGCAGUACCUGGAAAAUGCGCUUCGCGAGCAGGUUUCCCACCUGGAGAGCGUCUCCGACGCGAAUGCGAUGCUUGAGAAGCAAUUUCACCAGGCGGACCUGCAUCUGCAGCAGCUGGAACGUCAGCGGCGGGAGCUGGAGAAGGAGACGCAGCUCGAGAAAGAAGCUUUGAAAAACGAGGAGCGGGAAAAUUCCACGUUGAAAACCGGUCUGGACGGGCUGCAACGCAAAAUUUCAGUUGUGAACACGAACCUUGCUCUGCAGCAGGCCGAGGGCGUCGGCGCCGCCGGGAUUCUGAAUAGCAUUCCGAAUUUCGGUGUGAACACUGCCCGGUUCAUGGACGCCAGCGCAGCCGGGGCGUCCGGGAUUCUGCCCUACCCCACGGCGUCCGAGUUGACCCGAUCGCGCUCGGAAAAUAAGGCCAACAACGACACCGAGGAGUUGGGAAAGAUGGGCGGCCACAGCUGGAGUGGGCUGCUCACCCAACCGGCGGACGAUCCUAAGACGGGUGCUGGGGAUGCGGGAAAACCGAAACGGGCAAUACUGCCCAAGGCCUUUGAUCGGGAGGGUGUUUAGGAAGCUUUGCUAGGACGGAAGCAGACUUUCGCUGUAGUUUUUGCCACAGCGCGAAACAAAACCUGUUCUUGCGAGCUGAGAAAUCGCACUACAGUACAGUAGAUAGAUUAUACGAAUUCAUCGUGACUCUCCUGUUUGACAAAUAUACCACAAGGCGAUUCGGAUUCCGCUGGUGCACCUGAACUUGCCGGAUCCAUAUCAGUCGAAAAAACAAUUAAUUUGGAAUCUUAACUCGAAAGUAAUGUAAGCUCCAUGAGCUUCAAACCUGCAACGAAAAACAGAUACCACUUGCUAUCGUAUGCAUAGAUACGGCUUGAAUGCAACUGCCUUACGGAAGAAUAAAAAUAGCGCGAAGAAGAUAGAUUGUGAAAUACCAU